AUGGACGACAUGAAUAAUUACGAUGAGUUUGGAAAUUACAUAGGACCAGAAAUAGAUUCAGAUGAAGAAGAUAAUGUGUAGAUUGAAGAAGAAUAGAUAGCUGAAAAUGACCAAGAACAUGUAAUAGCAAAUGUAAUAAAAUGCUUCUAUCUUUGAAGAGAGUGUAUAUACCUAAUCAAUAAGUUGCAGUAAUUCUUAAUGAAGACAAACAAUACUAUCCAGAUGCUUAACAAGUAUAUGGUCGAGAUGUUGAAAUCAAUGUUUAAGAAGAGGAUGCUUAACCAAUAACUUAGCCUAUGAUUGCUCCACUAAAAUCAAAGGAAUUUGAUAUCUAAGAGACAUAGAUACCUCAAACUACUUUCGACUAUGAGUUUCUAUGUCGUAUUUCUAAGAAUCCUGCUUUGGUAAGAAAUGUUGCAAUUGUAGGCGGUCUGCAUCAUGGUAAGACAUCAUUGAUGGACGUUUUUGUUAAACAAACUCAUCUUAAGCAAUUUAGUUUGUAGAAAGAUAUCCGUUAUACUGAUACUCGUUAAGAUGAAUAAUAGAGAUUGAUCUCUAUCAAAGCAAUCCCUAUGAGUUUAUUAUUACCCAAUAGCAAAGAUAAGUCAUAUUUAGUAAAUCUAUACGAUACUCCUGGACAUGUAAAUUUUAUGGAUGAAGUGUGUUGUGCUUUAAGAGCUAGUGAUGCCAUGUUGCUUACUAUUGAUGUAGUUGAAGGAGUAAUGAUGACUACUGAAAUGCUUAUUAAGGCAGCCGUAAAAGAGAAGAUUCCUAUAGUAGUUUUGAUUAACAAAAUAGAUAGACUUAUCAUUGAGUUAAAGUUGCCACCUUCAGAUGCAUAUUUAAAGAUCAAAAAUAUACUUGACGAAGUCAACAUCAUAAUAUCAGAUAAUGGAGGUAAUUAAAUCAUUUCACCUCUUAAUCAUAAUGUGAUAUUUGGUUCAGGUUUAUUUUAAUUUGUUUUUACUAUUUAGAGUUUUGCAAGGAGAUACAAUAAUUUCUUAAAUCCUGAACAAUUCACUCGUCUUCUAUGGGGAGAUAUCUAUUAUGAUAAUAAAGAGAAGAAAUUUGUUCGUAAAAUGUCUCCAUAUGCUACAUAAAGGACAUUCGUCGAAUUUAUACUAGAACCCAUUUAUAAAUUAUUUGGGUAAGUGGUCUCUAAAGACAAGGAACAAUUAGAACCAUUCUUAUUAAGUCAAGGUAUAUCUCUAAAAAAAAGUGAAUUCAAAAUGGAUACUAGACCAUUAUUGAAAUUAGUUUGUUCUAUAUAUUUUGGUAAUACAUCUUCUUUAGUUGAUGUACUAGUUGAAUAAGUACCUAAUUCAUAGGAAGGUAGUAAAAAGAAAAUGGAAUUAUAUUAUUAGGGUGAUAAAUCAAAAUAAUCAUUUAUUUAAGCUUCUCAAGGUUCACAUAAAGGACCAUUAUGUAUAAAUGUUGUGAAAUUGUACAGUAGACCAGAUUGUAUGAGUUUUGAUGCUCUAGGAAGAGUUAUAAGUGGAACUAUUAAAAAAGGAUAGAAUGUUAAAUUAUUAGGUGAAAAAUAUAAUAUAGAUGAUGAAGAGGAUAUGGCAAUAAGGAAUAUUAAAAAUAUCUGGAUAUAUUAAGGUAGAUAUAGAGUAGAAGUGAAUAAAGUACCAGCAGGAAAUUGGGUUUUAAUUGAGGGAAUUGAUUAAUUUAUAAGCAAGAGUGCUACAAUAAUUGAAGAUUCUUAAUAAAUGGAUAUUUUGAGACCUAUUUAACAUAAUAUUUUAGCAACUAUGAAAAUUGCAAUUGAACCAUUAGUUCCAAGUGAAUUACCUAAAAUGUUGGAAGGUUUACGUAAAGUCACAAAGAGUUAUCCUAUUUUGACAACUAAAGUUGAAGAAUCAGGAGAACAUAUUUUAUUAGGAACAGGAGAAUUAUAUUUAGAUUGUGUUAUGCAUGAUUUAAGAAAGAUGUAUUCAGAAAUAGAAAUAAAAGUAUCUGAUCCAUCUGUUCGUUUUUGUGAAACUGUUAUUGAAACUUCAUCAAAAACUUGUUAUGCAGAUACUCCUAAUAAAAAGAAUAGAGUAUUUAUUUAAUUAUAUUAUUUAUUAGAUUAAAGCAUUAGCAACUCCAUUAGAUAAAGGUUUGACUCCAUAAGAUAAGGGAUUGGCUGAGAGAAUUGAAAAUGAAGAAAUAGAUUUAUCAUGGCCAAAAAAUAAAUUAAGUGAAUACUUUAAAUCCAAUUUUAAUUGGGAUAUUAUAUAGAGUAGAUCUGUAUGGGCAUUUGGUCCUGAAAAAACAGGACCUAAUGUAUUUCUAGAUGAUACUUUACCUUCAGAAACAAAUAAAUAAUUAUUAAAUGAAGUCAAAGAUUAUAUGAUUUAAGGUUUUUAAUGGGCAACUAGAGAAGGUCCUUUGUGUGAUGAACCUAUUAGAAAUGUUAAAUUCAAGAUUAUUGAAGCAAAUAUUGCAAAUGUAAUAAUAAUAUUUUUAUUAUAAAUAGGAACCAAUCUAUAGAGGAGGUGGAUAAAUAAUACCAACAACAAGAAGAGUGUGUUAUUCAUCAUUCCUUAUGGCAACACCAAAAAUCAUGGAACCAAUGUUAUUAACAGAAAUUAUGUGUUUCCAAGAUUGUAUUCCUGCCAUCCAUAAUGUACUUUUGAGAAGAAGAGGACAUAUUUUAUCUGAAUAAGCAAAACCAGGUACACCCUUUUCAGUUGUGAGAGCUCAUAUUCCAACAAUAGAUCACUUUGGAUUCGAAACUGAUCUUAGAGUACAUACAUCAGGAUAAGCAUUUUGUUUAAGUGUUUUUGAUCAUUGGUCAUUAUUACCAGGAGAUCCUUUAGAUAAAACAAUAGUGCUUAAACCUUUAGAACCAGCACCUUCAAAUCAUUUAGCAAGAGAAUUUAUGAUAAAAACUCGUAGAAGAAAAGGUUUGAAUGAAGAUGUAUCUAUUUUGAAAUUCUUUGAUGAUCAGUUCUUGAUUGAUUCACUCAAACAAGAUAAAGACUAUUAAUAGUAUAUUUGAU